AUGUCAGAUAUCAUGUACCAGAUUGGUGAGAUCGUCGGCGAGAUGCCAACACACAUGACCUCCGAUUCCAGCUGCACCGUUUACAAGGGACACGAGGUCUAUUGCGUCACCACUCAAGACGUGAAUGCGGUUACAAUGGCGGUCAAUUACGCCGCCUAUGGUCUGCUGAGACCUGUUAGCGACGUCUAUGAACUGUUCCAGGAGGCACUGGACAACGACGAUCCACCCAGUGCGCAGCAGAUCCGAGACUUCCAUGAACGUGCCGGACGACAGCAGCUGCGCCUCUUGGCCAUGGCCGAAAGGCGACGAGCUAAACCCGAGUCUUAG